AUGAGCAAAGCCCUGGGAGAAGACGAAGACGAAGAAGAACAAGAACAAGACCAAGACCAAGACCAUGACUGUUUCUACGACUCACACGACCGUUUACUCUCUCUCUCUUCCUCCUGCUCCUGCUCCAACUCCAACUCCGACAACGAAGAAGCCGAAAACGACACCCAACCCCAUCCAAACGACACACUCCCCAAUUUUCCCCUCACCAACAACUACGACAUAUGGAUCUCCCAACCAUCCUCCGUCUCCGAGCGCCGCACGCGCCUCCUCCUCUCCCUAGGCCUCUCCUCCCUCACGCGCCCAAACCCUCAACCUUCUCCACGCGAUCGCCUCUCCCCAAUCCGAUCCAAAUCCGACACCACAACCGCCGCAGCCGCCGCCACCUCCUCCUCCGCCGUCGCCAACCCUAGGCCGCCCAACCCCAAGCCUCCGUCCGAAGAGCUCUGCACGAUACGCGAUCUCGACAACGGGAAGGAGUUUGUGGUGAACGACUGGGAAAAUCUCCGGGAGGUUGCCACGGGGCGGCACUUGACGAUGGAGGAGUUCGAGAUGACGGUGGGGCACUCCCCCAUCGUUCAGGAACUAAUGCGGAGGCAGAAUGUUGAAGAGGCUAGCGUGGAUUCUAAUGCGAGUGGCUCCAAGGUGAAGAAGAAAGGAGGGGGGUGGUUGAAGAGUAUCAAGAGUGUCGCGAGCUCCGUCGCCGGGUACAGGGAUCGCCGGAGCAGCGAUGAGAGGGACACCUCGUCGGAGAAGGGUGGCCGGCGGUCCAGCUCCGCCACCGACGACAGCCAGGACGGGACGUUUCACGGCCCGGAAAGGGUUAGAGUGAAGCAGUAUGGGAAGAGUUGCAAGGAGGUGACGGCGCUUUACAAGAGCCAGGAGAUUCAGGCGCAUAGUGGGUCUAUUUGGAGCAUUAAGUUUAGUUUGGAUGGGAAGUAUUUGGCGAGUGCUGGUGAGGAUUGCGUGAUUCAUGUGUGGCAGGUGGUGGAGGGGGAGAGGAAGGGGGAGCUGCUGCUGCUGGAUAGGGAGAAGGGGGAGGAUGGGGGAAAUGUGAAUAUGUUUUUGGUGGUGAAUGGGUCGCCGGAGACGACUGCUGCGGCAAUGCUGUCGCCGCUCAGGGAUGUGGAGAGGAAGAGGAAGGGGAGGUCCAGUGUGAGUAGGAAGUCCUUGAGCCUGGACCAGUUUGUCGUGCCGCAGACUGUGUUUGCACUCACUGACAAACCCGUUUGCUCCUUUCAGGGACAUCUACAUGAUGUGCUUGACCUCUCAUGGUCCAAGUCUCAGCACUUGCUCUCAUCUUCAAUGGACAAAACUGUGCGGCUGUGGCAUCUUUCUAGCAAGUCUUGUUUGAAAAUAUUUUCACACAGUGACUAUGUAACUUGCAUCCAGUUUAAUCCUGUUGAUGAUAGAUACUUCAUUAGUGGAUCUUUGGAUGCUAAGGUUCGCAUAUGGAGCAUUCCUGAUCGACAAGUUGUUGAUUGGACUGAUCUGCACGAAAUGGUCACUGCUGCUUGUUAUACACCUGAUGGUCAGGGUGCACUGGUUGGUUCAUACAAGGGUAGCUGUCAUUUAUAUAAUACAUCUGAAAAUAAGUUGCAACAGAAGAGUCAGAUCAAUCUGCAGAACAAGAAAAAGAAAUCACAUCAUAAAAAAAUUACUGGUUUCCAGUUUGCCCCUGGAAGUUCAUCAGAAGUACUUAUCACAUCUGCUGACUCAAGAAUACGGGUGGUUGAUGGUGUUGACCUGGUUCAUAAGUUUAAAGGCUUUCGGAAUGCAACUAGCCCAAUUUCAGCAUCCCUCACAGCAAAUGGUAAAUAUGUUGUCGCAGCAAGUGAGGACUCCCAUGUAUACAUCUGGAAAAAUGAGGCUGAUUGCAGGCCCAACAGAAGUAAAGGUGUCACUGUCACGCGAUCAUAUGAACAUUUUCACUGUAAAGAUGUGUCAGUGGCCGUUCCCUGGCCUGGUAUGGGUGAUGCAUGGGACAUGCAUGAUACAUUUUCUGGAGAACAACCCGAGCUUGAUAACAAUGCUGAUGAGGUCUCAUCAGCCAAUCAUCCUCCUACCCCUGUAGAGGAAAACUUUGUUACCGAGGGUUCAAGAUCUGCAUCUGGUUACAGCAAUAGUCCACGCCAUGCAACCAUUGCAAGUGCCACAAAUAGUUACUUUUUUGAUAGAAUUUCUGCAACAUGGCCAGAGGAAAAACUUCUUCUGGCUGCAAGAAACCAAAGCCCUCGUGUCAGUAUGGAUUUCUCUAAUGGGUUAAGUCAAAAAAUGUCAGCCUGGGGUAUGGUGAUUGUAACUGCCGGCCUUCGAGGGGAAAUUAGAACUUUCCAAAAUUUUGGAUUACCACUUCGAAUAUAA